AGUGGUAUCACCUGCUGCACAGGACGUGGAAGUUGUGUUCAUCAACAUGGCACUUUCGGCAACCAUAUCUCUUUGUUUUUGUCUUAUCACUGGUUACGCCAUAUACAUUGGAGAUGCAUCUAAUGUAGUGCUGGGUCAAGGUCAUGUUGAAAUAGCCAAAAGGCAAGGCAGAGGUUUACUGUACGAUGAUGCCGAUCCUAAUCAAGACUUCAUCACACAGGAUGUCCUAGACCAGUUAGACAAUAUACAAGAUGCUCCAUCUGUGGCGGGUCAUGAUGAAUUUGCUGAUGUUACAAACUGUUUGGAGCAUCUGUUCCUACUAGCUGGAAUCGAUGCAGACACUGUACUUAGAUAUGUAUCCGCAUUCGUGAAAAACGGCAUGGAUGCAGAGUCACUCUUCAAACUCAGCUUCAUGGACUUGUUCAAACUGCUGCAAAGCUCCUCGUUCAACGUGACCCACUCCGGUGACAUCUACAGAAUUCAUCAGUGCACAAGCGACCAUCAUGGGAGAUGUGUCAAGCAGCCAUUCUGUAAGAAUGCAGGCAAGUGUGUGUUCAGCCACGAGCAUGGCCACCACCUUUGUUCCUGCUCAAAAGGCCAUUUUGGUGAUCGAUGCGAGAACAUUGACACUGACCCCAUAGCCCGAUUGCAAGGCCGUCUGGACAAGUUCUUAGCUACACCAGCACCGGUUGGCGUGACGUACAUGCACUGGGGAGGUACAUGUAACGAAACAACCGGCGCAGCUCCAGUUUAUACCGGAUUCAUUGCUGGCCAGUUCUACAACACACUGGGUAGCGGUGCAAACGACAUCUGCCUUCCCAAUGAUCCUGAGUACAACCUUUUCCAGGCAGGUUUCCAAAAUACUGGCAUUAUCUACAAUGCUGAGUUGGAAGGUGAUGGCUUUCUGCAGUUCAGGCCGUUCGCAGAUGUCGAAGCGCUCACGCCUGUCUGCUCGGUAUGUUACGCCAGGGAUCGCAAUACACAGUACGUAGUGGUUGGUAAGCCUAAGUGCCCGAGUGGCUGGACUUUGGAAUAUGCCGGAUACCUACAAGGUUCGCAUCAUCGCGGUCUGGGCCGAAGCGAGAAUAUCUGCAUUGACGAAAAUCCACAGGGCGUACCUGGAUCGGAACUUAAGGACACUGAUGGCGCACCACUUGUGCCUAUCGAGGUAGCUUGUGGCGAGCUCCCGUGUCCGCCGUAUGUCCGAGAGAAGGAGGUGACGUGUGCUGUAUGCACUCGUUGAAUCAUGUAUCAAAUCACUGGUCAACGUAGGCUUGAUUAUAAUUAUGCACUGAACUCCUAGUGACCUGUAUGGGGAGACCCUUGCAAAGGUUCACUGUGACUCGAAUGGAUUGCGCUCUAGACAGUGUGCACAUAACGUAACCAUUAGCGUUAAACAUUUGGAGUUCAAUCUGAAUAUGUGCUCAUUCCUUCAAUUAUGUUUGCUUCACUUAUGUGCUAGAAAUGACCUGCAAAAUGGGAUUUUUCUAAUUUUCACCCCAUAGCCACUAUGGGUUUCAGUCUUCGUUUAGCUUUCCAGCAGUAUUCGCACAUCGUUUUCAGUGCUUUAAUGUUCUAGAUAUUUUGAUGGACGUUCACGAGCAAGCUGUUGGGUAGCCACCCUCGUUGCAAAAUAAAAAUAUUU